AUUUUACAUAUACAUUUUUAUUUGACAAUAUUAAAUAGGAUAAAUCUAGAAAAUACGAGCUUUAGUGUAAUCAUAGUCAUAUGUCUGUUCUAUAUAUGAUGUGGUUUAUGGUGCUUGAAGGCGUGCACUGUAGUCUUGUUAGAAUUUACCGAAUUAUAAAAUAUUAGAUGAACUAUUAAAAUGUUUGUGAAAAUAUUAUUUUAUGUAAUACGAUAAAAGAAAUGUGAUUGAAUGUGACUUUAAUAUUUUUUACAAAUCACAUUAAUUCUAUAAGAAGCAUUUACAAUGACAACACCUAUGUGUGAAGAUGGUGGUACUUUACGAGAAUGGGCACCUCUUGCUAUGCUUCUUCAACAAAUACCUGCAAAAAUUCAAACUGGACUUUUUACACAUAACAUUAACUUUACCUGUAUUGAUGCAGUACCUGAAUUUAUAGCCAUUGGAACUAACUAUGGAUUAGUAUAUUGGUUUGAUAGAAUAAAGCAAGAUUUGCAAAGGCUUCGAUGUGAGAAUGUCAAUUCAAAAAUUACAUGUAUUCAAGUGAUAUCAACAGUAGACUAUAUGGUUGCUGCUGGUAAUGAACAUGGAGUAGUAACUGUAUUUCAAAUACCUAAAAGUCCACCAGAUUCAUUACCAGAUAGCUUGAAACCAAAGCAGAAAAAACAAGUUGAAAGGUAUAGCAUAAGUGGUUUGCAUAAUAGUGCAGUAACAACAGUUGAGUGGUCUAAGAAUGGUAUGAAAUUAUUUAGUGGAGAUCAAGAUGGUUUAGUUGUACUUACUGAAAUUGAUUUUUAUAUGCAUCUUUCAAAAUCAUCAGAAUUGUUAAAUGAGAAAUAUGCAGUAGUGCAAUUAAGUUAUCAGCAAGGUUUAUUGUUAGUCUCUACAACAUUACGUACAAUAUUGGUAAAUAGAAAUGAGAAUGGAAAGGUAACGCAAGUUGGUCAAAAAGAACGCAAAACAUUGGGAAGAUUAGGUGCUGUGUUUGGUUGUAGACAAAAUUAUAUACAAGAUUUAGUAAUAUAUGCUAGUAGACCAGGAUUACGUUUAUGGCAAGCUGAUAAAACUGGAACUGUAUUAAAAACGCUUAUUUUUAAGGAUGCCGUUCGAUCUGGACAUACAGAAGUAGAGCUUUUAAAUCCAGCACCAGAAAGUUGUAAAAGGAAUCGUGGGGAACCUACAUUUGGUGUCAUUUUACCGUUUUGUGAUGAUUUAUUAGUUACAUACAGUGAGGAUAUUAUAUAUGUAGUAAAUCCACAAACUAUUGCUAUAACAUCCAUCAUAACAGAUUUACGUCGUGUUACUGAUGUUGCUUGUACAAAAGAUGAAAUAUUUAUAUUAGAAGGGGAAAGAAACAUAAUACGUAUUGCAUAUUAUCCUGAAACUAACAUGUUUUCAUCAGAAACAAAUAAUAUAUCAGAUCCAUUAUUGUCAUUUGCUGAAAGUAGUAAACCAGUUACCAAUGGUAUAUUAGAAAUAACUUCAAAAUUAAUGGAAAGUACAAUAGUGCCAGCUAUUCCUUUCCAUAAAAUGAAUCCAAGUAAUAUUAUUCAGUUUGUAGGAAUUGUACCAAUUGUUACUGUUGGUACUGAUGUAACAUCAGUUACAAAUGCAGAAGAAGCUGUAGAAGUUCUAGCAAUAUCAGAAAAUAUUAAUUCUUCAUUAAUAACAGACAGUAGUCAAAUAACAGAACAUAGUGAUGUUUCUAAACAAAAAAGUAGUGAACAAAAUGAAAAACAUAAUGAUAGAAGGCAAAUAUUUGAAAAAAUUAGUCAACAAGAAUUUGAAGAUGUUGUAUUUACUCCAGAAAGGAAGAUUAAAAAAUCACGUAAUAGACUAAUAAAUGGAAAUGAAAAUUCUUUAUCAUUGACUGACGCUAAUUCGAGCGAUUUGUCUGCUUCCAAUAAAGACAAAAUAAAUGCUAAUGAUGCAAAAACGACACAUUCUUCUUCACUAACACUCAGUGUCGAUGAUGACUUUAUAUUAAAAACUGAGAGGAAUCUCGAAUCAAUUCAACGUGAUGUUGAAAAUAAAGAAAAACUUUUGUCUGAUGUUCUGGACUUUGAUUUAUCAAAAUAUAUGACAAAUAGUCAAAUUAGUACUACUAAUUCAAACAUGUCCCAAUCUAUUGAUACGUAUAUAGAUUGUACAGUACAUUCCAAUACUUUCACAGAAGAAAAAAAUGAGUACAGUGAUCAUACAGAAACGGAAUCUGGUGAUGAAGAUGUCAGUUACCGUACAGAAUUAAGAAAGUUAGAAGAUUUAAGUGAAUGUAGAAAAAAACUUUUACAAGAUAAAUUAAAUGAACCUUUACAACAAAGUAAUUAUGUUGAUGGGAAAUUGCUACAUCCAACAGGUAUGGAUAAACAUGAAUUAGAAAUUGAAUUUCAUAUUGUACCAAAUGAGUUUAUGAUAUCAACUACACUUGAGGAAGAAGAUUGGGUUUUAGUAAAAAAUGAUAUACCUCCAGUUGCAAUAUGAAAUAUAGAUAAAGUAAGG